CUCUGUGUACAAGCCCAAACCACUUCCAAUUUAGGGGACAAGUGGAAUAUUGAAACUUACUAGCCCUGUCUUCUAGUUCCCAACUGGGGAUUUCUAGACAGGGGUUCCACCCCUGACCACACCCCAGCCCCUCACUGGGAGAUUCUAGGUGGGGGUUGUAAUGCUGAGAUUUAAUGCCAGCCUUGCAACUAAGACUCAGAACUGCUUGGGCUGUAGCUCAACAGCAGAGCUUGCUUGCCAGGGUUAAGAUCCUGGUUUCUACUCCAGCACUGAAAAGGAACACUCCCAGAAAUUCUUAAUUAUAUUUUACAUUUCUCUAUAGAAAAAUGGUGCCUGGGGUGUGACUUAGCAACAUUUGCCUGGCAUGCCAAGGCUCUGGGUUUCAUCCCAAGCACUGAAAACUAAAAACAAUGAGCUGUUUUUCUGCUACUCACCAAUGUUUGGAGCACAACACGCCAUCCAUUGGGGUAGCAAAUGUCACUUCAGUUUCUCAUUAACUGAAUCAUGACACUGGUUGGCUUGCAAACCCAUGGAUGCUUUUUCUUUUGACUUUGACAGUCUCACAUAGCCUAGAACUUCUGUCCCUCGUUCUGCAUGCUAGGAUCAUAGCCAUGUACCAAUCAGGCCCCAGUUAACUUUUUAAGGCUAAGUUUCAGUCUGUAGCCCAAUUUGGCUUCAGACUUUCAGCUAUGUCCCCUCUUCAAGAUUCCCAAAUAGCUGGGGUGAUAAGCCUGUGCCUCUAUAUCCAGCUAACCCUGGAUUGCCUUUGGCUGGGCUACAUACCCCAUGCAGUCCAGAGUGGGACAGCUGUGUGCCCCAAGUCUCCAGCCAGGCUUGAAGCUGUCGUGGCCCCAGAGGUAGACAAUAGGUCUGGGAAUCACAGUGCCUGCCUCUCUUGGCUGGCUAAUGUGCCUGAUACAGAAAGAGUUACAGCUGGGCACCGCCCAGUCCCCAGAGCCAUACUGCCUAGCAACAGCUGUGCCAGGCAGGACGCACAGACCUCCCCGGAGCUCCGCCGGCAGGACUGAUUCAGGCAGGCUAGCUGAUUGGCACUCAUAAUGGACACUGUGAAUGCCACCGUGGAGAAGCUGAGGGCCCAGUGUCUGUCCCGAGGGGCCUCAGGCAUCCAGGGCCUAGCCAGGUUUUUCCGCCGCCUGGACAAGGAUGGCAGCCGGUCCCUGGAUGCGGGGGAGCUGAGGCAGGGUCUGGGCCAGCUGGGGCUGGAGGUAGGGGAAGCAGAGGCAGAGUCGCUGUGUAAGCGCUGGGACCGCGAUGGCAGCGGGACACUGGACCUGGAGGAGUUUCUGCGGGCACUACGGCCCCCCAUGUCCCAGGCCCGGGAAGCUGUCAUUGCGGCUGCCUUUGCCAAGCUGGACCAGACUGGGGAUGGUGUGGUGACCGUGGAUGAUCUGCGAGGGGUAUACAAUGGUCAGGCUCACCCCAAGGUGCGCAGUGGAGAGUGGUCGGAGGACGAGGCCCUCCACCAAUUCCUUGACAACUUUGACACAUUUGAGAAGGAUGGGCAGGUCACACUGGCCGAGUUCCAAGACUACUACAGUGGGCUCAGCGCUUCAGUGGACACAGACGCAGAGUUCGUGGCCAUGGUGAGCAGUGCCUGGCGCCUCUGAUGUGGCAACCCUCACCUGCCUAACAGCUGCCCUUAGCCUAGCCCUGACCCACCUGCUGUCCUGGGGCCUCAACCAGACACAGGGAGGGGGAGAUGUCAGAAUGGACCAGGUCUCCUGCAGGGCCACCUGCAGGCCUGGCAAUGGCUGGACUGAUCACUGACCCCAUAGGGGCCUCCAUGGCCACACCCAGCCCAUCUGGCUGCCAGGUGCAUGGGAGGCUGAGGGUUUUAGUUAAAAGUUUUAAUGCAGUUCUCAAAUACAUUUCAUAUGACAAUCUUACAUAAAUGUUCCAAAACACA